AUUCAGUGUUUAUUCAGAACAGUCUUCAUGCGCUGUAGGCCCAAGACGAACAGGGCGUGCGUUUAUUCAUUCAACUCAAAGAAAAAUAUUGAGUGUGGGAAAGGCACAAGUUUACAAAGCUGCACACCACCGAAGAGUUAUGAAAGCAGAGCGAGACGGUUUUUCAAAGCCGUCUUUCAUAACGUAAAGACAGUCAUGGAUACGUUUGACAACGCGCCUCGGCGAACACGGAGAGCCUGUAAAAGAACCGGCUCCCAAGAUGCAACGACAAAAAGGGAUAGCACUAGCGUCCUUCGGUCGUUGAGCGUUGGAAAUGUAAAUGCCAACGAUGUCAUGGGUGAAGAUUUGGAACAUCUGAAAAAUGGAAAGUUGGAGGGAAGAGUCAUGUCCCCGCGCUAUAGCUUACUCCGUGAGGUUGGACGGGGAAGUUAUGGCGUUGUGUAUGAGGCCGUAGCCAGAAGGUCUGGUACAAGAGUGGCCAUCAAGAAACUUCGCUGCGAUGCCCCCGAAAAUGUUGAGCUUGCCUUAGCCGAGUUUUGGGCGCUGACAAGUUUGGAAAAACGACAUGAGAAUGUGGUCCAGUUGGAAGAAUGUGUACUUCAGAGGAAUGGCAUGGCCCAAAAGAUGAGUCAUGGGAAUAAACAUUCCAAGCAGUAUUUGCGGCUUGUGGAGACUUCAUUGAAAGGGGAGCGAGUCUUGGACUACCCAGAGGAGCCCUGCUACCUGUGGUUUGUGAUGGAGUUCUGCGAGGGUGGCGACCUGAACCAGUUCAUCCUGUCGCGGCGGCCCGACCCGCACACCAACUCCAGUUUCAUGCGGCAGCUGAGCAGUGCCGUGGCCUUCCUGCACCAGAACAGCAUCGUGCACCGUGACCUCAAGCCAGACAACAUCCUCAUCUCCGAGCGCUCGGGAACGCCCGUGCUCAAGGUGGCUGACUUCGGCCUCAGCAAGGUGUGUGCGGGGCUGGGCACAGGCAAGGGCUCGGCCGCCAGCCGCGAGAGGGGCGCCGGCGCCGGCCGCAAGGAGGGUACGUCCGCGUACGUCAACAAGAACAAUGUGAACGUCAACAAGUGCUGGCUGUCGUCAGCCUGCGGCUCCGACUUCUUCAUGGCACCCGAGGUGUGGGAGGGCCACUACACGGCCAAGGCCGACAUCUUUGCGCUGGGCAUCAUCAUCUGGGCCAUGAUCGAGCGCAUCACCUUCAUCGACGCCGAGUCCAAACGCGAGCUGCUGGGCACGUACGUGCGGCAGGGCACCGAGAUCAUGCCGGUGGGCGAGGCACUGCUGGAGAACCCAAAGAUGGUGCUGAGCAUCCCUCAGCGCCGGCGCUCGCACAUGUCCGACGGCGUGAGGCAGUUGCUGCGCGACAUGCUCGCCGUCAACCCGCAGGACCGGCCCGACGCACUUGAGCUGCACAGCAGGGUGGGACAGGUCACCUGCGCUGCCUGACCCCCGCACCCACUCGGCCUGUGCGGAAGACACUUUCAGAUUCUCCUUGUCUGAGCCCGGUUCUUCAAAGGGACUGCCAUUUUUGUUUUGUAACUGUGAAGCCCAAUCGCCCCCCCAUCUAUAUAAUGUGAAGAAAAGAGGUUCAGCAUCCUCCGCAACGAGAGAUUCCACAGAUCUUCUUUUUUCUUUUCUUUAUUUACGCUAUCAGAUGGAUUUUGACUUUCGAUGACUCGAGGAAUGUUAGAGUUUUUGUUACACUUUGUUUUUUUUCUGGUUGCCAGGAGGAGACAGUCAGUGAAUGGUUCACGGAGGCUGUUUGUGUAGAUCAUUUCCAUUUCCAUUUUCAUUUUCAUUUUGAUUGUUUGUCACCUGCUGCUGUGAUUGGUGAUGGAGAUCAGAAGAAAGUGCCAGCUGCACGCCAGGUUGGGCUUCUGAGCAAGGGGGCGUUGUGUGUUCAGACAAGCCUGUUUGCUUGCUUGGAACUCAAACCCGGUGUUGCCUAAUUAAGUCUGCACGCUUAUAACAGCCCCACAAAUCUCAUCUUACCUCCACCCAAUACACGCAUGCGCAUAUAUACAUUAUAACUGUACCUUUUUCAACAAAGGCAUAAUUGGUUAUUAGCCCAUAUGUUUUAUGAUUUGACUGGUAACCCAACAGAGCAAGCCUGUGUUCGUAUUCUUCUCACUUCUGCCCAUAAAUUCAGUAAAGACACAAAUUGCUGUGUAAGAAUGUUUGCUAAUCAGCGCCCAAGAUUGAAACACUUAUCACGUUUAACAUGCCACCUCCGUGCCUUGAAUUCUGAUUUAUUUUGGAAGUGGAUUUAAUGUUUUGAUUCAUUUCUCCAAUCGAACGAUGUUUGCAGUAAAAUCCCAGUUUUUGUUACUCCUAGAAAUCCUCUUGUUAGAGUGCAGUUCAAGUCUAAGGUUGCCGCUGCGAAUAUCACGAGAUUAUUCUGAGAUGAGACCCUCAUGGUUGACCUCAUCACCCAAAGAAAUAUCCUUUCGAAUGAUGCCAGUUGACCUUAUUUUUAAAUGUCAAAGAGAUUUUUUAAGGAGUUUGUGUGAGUGUGGCCACCACCCGUAUGUCCCGCUGAUUGAAUCAUUGUGCUUUGUUGUGAAAAAGAUUGGAAGAAUCGAUGGUCAACCCCAAGUGAUUUACUGUACAAUUUUCUCUGAUUGAAAUCCGAUAUCUAAUCUUAUCAGACUGCUCUGGUAUUCAAGGUUUUAGGGCGAAGUAAAAUCAAUUAGCUGCGCACAAAUCAAUGUUUAGUCAUUUUCAUGUGACUCAACUUUGUGUUUGUAUUUAUUUUGCAGAUGCCCAGGCAAGUUGUCUAGUCUUUACUUGCAACUCCUAUAAGUCAUUAGUGCCAAAGAUCAGCCCAAAAUAUGGAUAUUGAUCUCUACCUGAUCUUAGUUUAAAAUCAUGUAUCAAAAUAAUACCCUCUUAAUUUAAUGUUAAUGUUUAAACUAUUCUGACACAUUGGGAUUUUUUUUGUUUUGAUGAAUAGUUUAGGAAUAUUUCAGUUCAGAUCCUAGAUCUGAUUGUCACCGAUCAUCACAGAUCAUAUGUCUGUUGCAAAGAUACUACUCUUCUGGUGUGAACACAGAUCCGAUCAUCACAGAUCAUAUGUCAGUUGCAAAGAUACUACCCUUCUGGUGUAAACACAAAUGUCCCCUUAGAUCAGUAGUAUUUCUCUUCACUGCUGUCUUGGCUUUGGCUUACCCCAGCACAUCAAGCUUCCUUUAUAGAUACCUCGAUGCAAAUUAAUAUUGAUCUUACAACUGUCUCAACUACAAAGACUGACUUAAUCUACAGAAAUGUGUGUACAUGUUACAUCAAUGUGAAGUGUUUGUGCAGUUGUCAUAAUCUCACAGUACAGUCUCUUAUCAGUGUAAGUCAUUAAGAAUCAUAACCAGUGUCUGGAGUUAGUUUUAGUUGUCUGUGUAGUUCUACCUCAGUGGUUUUGUUGGCUGUCUCCAGAGACUCCAGAUCUGCUUGUACGUGAAUAUGUGUGAACUGGUGAUGAUUAAGUGCUCCGUGAGGAUGGGUAGAUGUUUGGGCUUGGACUUGUGGCAAUUGGGUUUGUGAUGGACCAGAACGACUUCUUUGGAAAGGAAAUGGGCUGUUUUCACUUCAGUAUUCCUUGUGUGUGUGUGUGAUACUUCCUAUAACCUGUUUCAAGGAAUUUCACAAGUUUUUAGCAUUUUUAUUUGUCUUUUGGGGAACAGUAACAGGAAGGCUCUGUUGUUAUGCUUUAAAUCAGUGUUUUUCUUUGGUUAAAAUUAUUUUUAGUUAUUAAGGGUUAUGUUUACCGGUGAACCAGGUUGACCAAUGCUGAAAGUUUGUUUUUGUUUUACAAUAAAACUUGGUGUUUUCAAAACAGAGUUUUUGUUCAUGACCACCAUUUUAAAGAUUCGGUUUUAGAUCAAGAGAAACAGAGAAGUGGCAUUCUGUUUAGUUGAACAUUUUAAAACAAUAACUCUUGAAGCACACUUAAAGUGUUUUAUUUAAAUGUAAUAUAAUUAUUUAGAGCUCACAUUCGUGUGAUGGUUUCUUCUUUUUUCCUGGGUCAUGUUAAUAUUGAGUAAGCUGCAAAUACACUUAAAGUACCUCAUGUUUCACUACCGGUUUUCAUCUUGUUUGCAGUGAACCUUUGAAAAGCUACAUGUUUCCUCAACUUGCGAUUCCAGUUUUUUCUGGGAACUAAAGGGACUAUUACUUUAGUUCUUGUCUGUGAAAAUGAUAUGUUUAAUUCGUUUUUUUUAAUUUUUUUUAUUUAGGGAUUAAGCUUUUGAAAUGUGCUUUGAAUGGACAUGGACAUAAAACAUUUACUAUAUGGUGGUUUCAUGGAUUGUGGUUUUUUCAUGGAUGAUGGAACAUUUGUUUUGUAUGAAUUAUUUUUUUAUGCUUUUUUAAAUCCCUGUAUUUUUUUUAUGUUCUUGCCAAGUGAAAGCCAAUUCGUCUUUGCUAUUCACUUCUAAAGCAAAAUCAGGCGUCAUCCUGUAAGGCAGUGGAUCUCAACUGGUCUGCCCUACACUUUUAUAGAAUUCAAACCAUAAACAUAAUAAAUGCCUGAAUUCAUAGCUCAUUAGCCUGAGUAAGAUUAGAUAGAUUUUAAAUAGUUUUACCACAAAAAUCUGGGGACUAUUUGACCUUUUGCCCAACCUAAUGAUUCAAACUUCACGUUAUAUUCUUGUAUUCAUCAAAUUAGCACAUUAUACAAACACAGCCUACAUGUUGAUUUCUUUCCCAUACACAAAACUGUAUAAAACCUAGCUCAUCUCAGUCACAUGCUAACUGCAAAUUACAAGAAAAUAAGUUUUUACUAUCUGCCAAAAUUAUGAAUUCUAACACAGAGAUUCAGCUAACCUACCAGUGGCAUCCCGUACUCACGUUUACAGCACUUCUCCAGCCGAGCCUUCAGACUCAUACAGUAGUAGGUUCAUGCAGAACUUCGUCUCUUUCUGAGAGAUCCCUUUACCCUGUUACUGAGGCAUGAGAACCAUGAAGGCUGAGCUGUAUCCAUUUCAAAAUAAAAGCUACUGUUCAUAUAUUAUCUACGAUAAGAUCUGAAGGAACACACAUUCUGCGACCCAUUCAGAAUGAUUCUGUGACUCACCAGUUAAGAAGCACUGCUGUCGUAGUGGCUUAGUGGAAUUUUUAGACUUUUUUUUCUGAUAUGGUUUAGUUCUGACCCAAAGUCCUAUGAAUAGUUUGGUAAUCAGUUCUUCACAGACAGUUUACAACACAAUAGGUUCACUACCCCAUACUCAUGCAUCACAACAUAACUAAUUGUACCCCAUCUUUCACGAGUUAAGAAACACUGUAACAGGAUCUGGCCAAAACACUUAAGUAAAUUGUGAGACCAGGUCAUAUAUUGUCACGGUGACAUUGUGUUUUGGAAGCAUUUUGGGGAUGUGCUACUGCAGUUCAGUUAUCAAUUACUAAAUAGUAGACAGUGUUCAUACCGUCAUGCUUUUAAUGCUGUCAUCAGUUUAUUUGAUCUGUGAAUUCUUUUGAUUCUGGGCAGAGUUCCACCAUUUUGGCAUUGGGUUGUUACAAAUUAGCACUCCACUUGAACGCUUGUAACAAACCUGUUCUCUAUGCAACCCUACCUACUCUGCACGUCAGGCGAAGCACCAAUGUUUGAGUUUUGCAUUUCACUGUUAAGAACAUGUCGUCUUGUUCUUCUUUUCUGUGUCGGGCAGGGCAUGGAGAGAGAGGGUCUGACCUUGUAUAAUGUGAAUAUAUCCUGUUCUCAACUACAUGUACAGUUAUUUGUCAUAGAGCCCACAGAGCUGAUAGACCCUUCAGUGAAUUAUGUUGCUGUUAUUGUAAGCAGUGGAUAACUUUUUUUUGUUUUGUUUUUCUUUCAAUAAACUCCUGCAAAAUCAUUA